UUCAUCCCAAAAAAUAAAGAUAUCACAUCACCAUGUCUGGAAGCGCAGGGUACGACAGACAUAUCACCAUCUUCUCGGACCAGGGCCGUCUGUACCAAGUCGAAUAUGCAUUCAAGGCCAUCACCGCGGCGAACAUCACCUCUGUCGGAGUGAGGGGGAAGAACUGCGCUGUCGUACUAUCUCAGAAGAAAGUUGCGGACAAACUGAUCGACCCGUCCUCCGUCUCCCACAUCUUCAAGAUCUCUCCGUCCGUGGGCUGUGUGAUGACGGGCUCCAUUGCUGAUGCCCGGGCAUCUGUCGACCGUGCCCGUGGAGAGGCAGCCGAGUUUCGAUACAAGUACGGGUAUGAAAUGCCCUGUGAUGUGCUUGCCAAGCGACUUGCCAAUAUCAACCAAGUGUACACGCAACGGGCGUAUAUGCGACCGCUCGGUGUGGCCAUGACUCUGAUCUCGGUGGAUUCGGAGAAUGGCCCGCAGCUCUACAAAUGUGACCCUGCCGGAUACUACGUGGGAUACAAGGCGGCUGCGUCUGGCCCGAAGCAGCAGGAGGCACUCAACUAUCUGGAGAAGAAGCUGAAAAACAAGGAUUACGCCGAUGGCGGUUGGGAGGAGGUGGUCGAAUUAGGAAUCACCGCUCUGAGCAAUGUGUUGAGCGUCGAUUUCAAGAAGCACGAAUUGGAGAUUGGCAUCGUCGGUGGCCCCCGGACGGACGGCCAGGAAGGGACAGACACUACCUUCCGAGCUCUGACGGAGGAGGAGAUCGACGAACGGCUGCAGGCCAUCAGCGAGAAGGAUUGAGGGAACCUGUCUGGGAGAAUGAACAUGAAAUAGAGACCCCUGGAGGCGCAAUGUUGUUCAUUUAAAAACCCCUUGCAGCAGCCCAGCAGCCAUAACUCGUCAUAGCCAUGUUGAAACGCCAUUCACUUUUCCUCUCUCUCCAUUAUUAUUGCACGCCAUACGGAACUCCCCCCUGUGGUGUGUGUGUGUGUGUGUGUGUGUGUGUGUGUGUGUAGGAUCUCCUUCGUCCCCGCAGGUGGCAAGCAGGCCUCGCCCGUCGAGAGGACCAGCCGAAUGUAGAUUCUGGCCCGGAUGGGCUAUGUCGAUGAUGACACCUCUCUGCAU